GUCUUCCAAUACUAAAAACAAUGUCUCUGAGCCCUCGUCGGCAAAGGACGAAUGGCGAACCCGGGACAAACCUUUUCUACUGGUGCUACCAGUGCAACCGAAUGGUCCGUCUCCCCUCCACGGACUUGUCCAACAUAACCUGCCCGCUUUGUUCUGGCCAAUUCCUCAGCGAGAUCGACUUAUCCAGGCCUAGACUCAUAUUGGAUUUUACCCAUCACGACCCAUCACCGGAGGCCCGUCUUUUAGAAGCCCUUUCUUUGUCGUUUGACCCCCCAAUUAGACGGUUUAAUGGGCGGCUCCACGACCCCCGAGCUCAACCUCCACGCGUUCGUUGGAUUCAGGAUCGAGAGCAACCCCGCCAACAAGAGGGUAGACGUCAUGCCGAUUCCGAUGGUGAAAUUCCCGUCCGGCACGUAACACGUCGACGACAUCGUCGGGCUGAUCAGAGAGCUGGUGAUUCCGACGCUGAUGGACCCGAACCUCUAAUUCUUCCUCAUCCUCGGACUUGGCUAAUUCUUCCACCUAGAGAUCCGUCUGACCCAUUGGAAUUAAUUCCGCGACUACAAAACCCUAUACCGCGCGGUGUUGACCCGAGAGACUACUAUUUUGGUCCUGGUCUGGGAGAACUGAUUGACCAAUUGACGGAAAAUGACAGGCCAGGGGCACCGCCAGCGCCGGAGAGAACUAUCCAUGCGAUUCCGAGUGUGAAAAUCUCGGAGAGCCAUCUGAAGGAGAACCCAUACUGCCCGGUUUGCCAGGAAGAAUUUGAAGUGGGUGGAGAUGCAAGGGAAUUGCCCUGCAAGCACAUAUACCAUUCGGAUUGCAUUGUUCCUUGGCUAAGGCUUCACAAUUCUUGCCCUGUUUGUCGGCUUGAGGUGCCGGUGUCCACCGACUCUGUUGAGCCCAGUGACGGAGGAGGCAGGAUACGAAGGUGCCUGAGAUGGUUUCAGAUUCAACUGGCUUCUCUGUUGCCUUUUCACGGGAGGCGUCGACGGAUUCGUCCAGAAGAAGAGAAUGACAUGAUUGCUUCCGCAAGGGCUGCUAGUCCAGGGAGGAUCCCAUGCUGUAUCCUUUAGUUCACCUCUGAUACUGAUUUGCAUGGGCUUGCACUUGAACUUCACACUCUGCCUCUCCAUCUGAAGACAGGGGUCCCAACUUCAAUACAAUUAGAUAUUCGCUUGCAGUUCCCAGAGAAGAUGCAAAUACAGAAAGCUUAAUUUAGGCCAAAGAAAACGGACAACCCAAAAUGGAAUUCAGAAACAUUUGUUUCAACAUCUAGAGCAAGAGUAUCUAAUAUAUGUACAGGGACAGGACAUGUUUUAUAAUCUCGCGUUUAUGGUGAAGAAGCGUAGUUAUGUACAUAAAUUUAUCCCUGGUCAAUUUCAUUCAAUCUUCGGGAAGCCAUUUAUUGGGCUUCUGCAUAACGGUGAACGUGUAGGUGUAGUCACAAGCAACCCAUGAGUGACAAAAGCGAAAAAAUGAUAAUACAAUGGUUGCGAGCUGUUGCUUUUGAGCAACAAGACAGAAUAGUUUGCGUAAAUGGCGAAGCCUGAGUGCAAGUACAAUUCCAAAGAAUAGAUAAAUAUUUGUUUGUGCGUAAA